AUGUCUUCUAUCACAUUGACUAAAGAGUCUCACAAGAAUCCAUCCAAGUUUAGAAUCAAGUAUGAGGACAGUAACGCUGUAUUAGGUCCUGAACAUUCAGCACAAAAGAAUGUCAGUGACAAAUUACCAACUAUUUACACAUCGUCGAGGGUAGCCAUCAUUGGUGCAGGUUUUGGAGGAAUUGGAGCAGCAAUCAAGACCAUGGAAGAUUUGAAGGAGCCAAAUGUGCAAAUAUUCGAAAGACACGAUAAUUUUGGAGGAACAUGGUACGCCAAUACCUACCCAGGAUGUGCUUCUGAUAUCCCAGCUAUUUGGUAUUCCUACUCAUUUGCUUUAACUUCCAACUGGACUAGAGUUCAACCACCACAAUACGAAAUGGAAGAGUACAUUUUGAGAGUUGCUGAGAAAUAUAAGUUGAGAGACAAAACACGUUUUCAAACUUCCAUCGACAAGUGUGUUUAUAACGAGGAUACAGCAAUGUGGACUUUAUACGCUCAUGAUGUCAAAACAGGCCAGAAGCUUGAACACACAGCACAUGUUGCAUUGACAUGUUCAGGUGGAUUAGUGCAUCCAAACCAAUUGAAAGCACCAGGUCUCGAAAACUUCAAGGGGAGCUACAUACACUCAGCAUUAUGGGACCACUCAGUUGACUUCAAAGGCAAGAACGUGGUUGUUGUUGGUAAUGGAUGUUCAGCUAAUCAAAUUGUGCCAGCAUUGUUAAAUGACCCACAGUACAGUGUUGGUUCUAUUACACAGAUUGCCCGAUCAAAGCACUACAUUAUGCCACCAGUCCCAAAAGCUUUGAUGUAUCUUUAUCGUUUGCUUAGUUUCAAUAUUUAUGGGUUGGCUCUUGUCAGAUGGCUUGUCGUUCUUAUUGCCGAAUUGAGAUUUCCUUUAUACAAAGGUGAUGGCAUUGUAUCAAGAUUGGUCCGUCGAAUUAAUACAGCUGUAUCAGUCAGAUACAUGAAAAAGUAUACCCCUAAAAAAUACUGGGAUUUGGUGAUUCCAGAUUACAAGAUUGGGUGCAAGCGGUUGAUUUUUGAUUACCAAUACGUGCCAGCAUUAAAUGACCCAAGGAUUUCACUCACAAACUCCGGCAUUAAGAGAGUCGUUGAAGACGGAAUAAUUUUAGACAAUGAUGAAUUUGUCAAGGCUGAUAUUAUUGUCGCCUGCACCGGGUAUGAUCUUAAGAAAUCGUUUCAACUUCCUAUUUUCACCAAAAAGGGCUAUAGUGGUCAAGAAAUGUGGACCAAGGAAGGUAUUAGUGCAUAUCGUACUGUUUUGAUGAAGCAUGUGCCAAACGCAUUUAUUAUCGGUGGUCCAAACUCGGCAACUGGCCAUGCAUCCGUCGUCAUGGCUUUAGAAAAUGGUAUCGAUUACUACGUGAAAUUGGCCAAGCCUGUGAUUGAAGGUAAAGAGAAGUCAGUCGUUGUAAAGCCCGAAGCCUACGACAAAUGGCACAAGGAUAUCCAAGAGGAGUUGAGCAAGAGUGUGUUUGGUACCAAGUUUGGUGGUUGUGUAUCAUGGUACAGUGAUGAAAAGGAAAAUGCAACGGCAUUUGGUUGGUCACAGUUGUAUUAUUGGUACAUUACUCAUUUUCCCAACUAUAAGGAUAUCGUGUAUGAGCAUUUCGAUAAGAAAAAGGCCUAG